GUUUCAUCUGUAGGUACUUAAGUGACAAUGACAUUCAGCAUGUGCAAAAUGUCACAACACAAAAGUGCCCUCAAAUAAUUACAGUUUUUUAACAAACAUCCCUCCAUGUGAAAUAAAUAAUAUGAAGACGCGGAGCAAGGAGCAAGCUGAAUCCCCCCAAAAUACAGAACAUGAAACCAUACCUCCGGGCUAACAAAAUAUUAAUGGUUCAACAGCUGCGUUCCGCGUCUCGGCUGGGCCGCCUGCGCCUGCUUGCGGGAGAGUUCGCCGCCGACGUGUGUACCAUGUGGCGCUACGGUGCGCCUUUCCCCACCUUCCUCAAAAUCGUUGGCACGCUCGUCAUGUGCCUACUGUUCAUGAUGCCUAUUCUCUACCCGCUUUUUGUGAUGAUGCUCACAUACUUAACAUUUGAAGGACUAUUUCUCAGUUGGUGGCUGGUGCAACCUUGGCGGUUCACACUGUUGCAAAUCGGACAGCGUGCUCUGGGGCUGGUGUUCCGGGUGCAGCGUGCGCGCGAAGUGUGGAAGGUGCGCGAGGUGCUCACGCGCGCCAUCCUGCUCGCACACUCCCUCGCCACUUCCAUCGACUACCUCUGUGUCAUGCAGGGGCUUCUCGAUGAGGCGUAGACUGACCGCAGGUCACAAGACAUGUAAAAGGGCCGCGAGGUAUCCAGGCGCGUUUACUGCU